AUGAGUGUUAUUCGUCGCACAAUCAAAGCAUUUAAUAUUGGUCCACUAUUUGCCGAAACGUACGAUUUUGCCAAAAUACUAAUAAAUGAAUUACUUAAACUUCUACCGUCGACUACGACAUCGCCUAUAUCAAUUGAUGUACCUAGGAGAAAUUUUCAGGCUGUAAAACUUAUAGAAGAACUGCAUAUGAAAUGGGAAUUCGACACGACAGAAAUGUGGACAAAACAAUUACCAAUGGGAAAUGAUCGAACAAAAAUUAAUGGUGUUUAUGGAAUAUUAUCCUAUGACUUGGGUUAG